AUGAUGAAAAUUAUUAAUCCUAUUGCUGCUGCUACCGCCGCUACUACUACUACUGCUGCUGAAAAAUCAAUUGAUACACCAAAAGUAUUUGGUUUUAUAUGGUUCAUUUGGAGUGUAAUGGCUGAUUUUGCUAUUAAUAUGACAUUUUUAACAACAUCAUUAAAACAAUAUACAAUAUGUAUAACAUUUGGUAUGGCAUUAUCUGGUUUCUUAAUAUCACCAUUAUUUUCACCAAUUAAAAAAUUACCAUUUAAUGCAUGGUUUCCAUUUGAUUAUAUGGGAAAAUAUUAUAAAUUUGCAUAUUUAUAUGAAAUAAUUGCAUCAACAUUAUUGGCAGCACAAAAUUUAUCAAAUGAUAUAUAUCCAGAUCAUAUUGAUAUAUUAAGUUGUUUCAAUGAAAUUUCUAUAACAAUAUCAUGGACAAUGUUUAUAAUAUUUUUGGUUACUGCAUUUAUAAUAUGUGUUACUGGUGUUAAUUUAUUAAUAUAUGAGACAACACUUGCUGAAACUAUAACAGCUAUUGUUUAUUUAAUUGUUAUAUUAAGUGAAUCAUUUCCAUGUUCAUAUUUAUCAAAUCAUAUGUAUGAUGAAUUUGAUGAUUUAAAAAAUGCAAUAUUCAAAUGUAAUUGGAUGGAUCAAAGUGAAAAAUUUAAAAAAUGUAUUAUAAUUUUUAUGAUAAGAAGUCAACAAUUUGAUCAAUUAAAAGCUGGAAAUUUAUUACCAAUAUCAUUAGAUACAUUAUUAGGAGUAAGAUUUUUUCUUUAA